AUGCUAGCCCACUUCUCAGGCGAUUACUACACAAGCCAGAAUGAGGAGACAUGGAACCGCCAAGUGGAUCAGACACUUGAGGCAGAUGGCCAUUGCAUUCUGUCUCCCAUGGGCAUGAGAGCAAAUGUCUUAGAAGCAUCCUUGGUGUCCUGGCAACCCCCGAACGCGCCGCCGCUGGAGGAGCAGGUGGCGGCGGCGUCCCUCCUGCCCUUGGCUCUUGGUUCCUCGGCCUGGCGUUCGACAGUUCGGCCGCCGGUUGGGGUUGCUGCGUCCAUGGACACUGGAAACUGUCCACGGGGCUGUCAACUCCCCUGCAUCUACACAGCGAUCUGCAGCAGUGAGCUGGAGAAGGUUCAAGAGAAAGGAGACUCCGGCAUGACCACAGGAGAGAGGAGAUACAGUACUAAACUCAAUGAUUUUCUGGAAUCUAAGGGAUGCUUUGCCAACAUAAUGUCCUCUGGCAGAAGUGUCAGCCCCUCAUCUUCUACUGAAACAGGUCUAAGCAUCAGUGGGCCUUUCAGCCCCGGCAGAGGGUCUGUUCACCCAGACCCUGCUGCAGAUUUAGAUCUGAAAUCCUCCUCCUCACAUUCUGAUCACUCCUCUGAAACCUCACUGCCUGAAGCCCGAAAGGAUAAAUAUCCCCAGGAAUUCAGCCUGCUUAAGUUGCAGACAAAAGAUGGGCAGCGUCCUGAGUGGACAUUUUACCCAAGGCUUAGCAGCAACAUCCACACCUACCAUGUUGGAAAGCAGUGUUUCUUUAACGGGGUCUUCCUCGGCAACAGGAGGUCUCUAUCAGAGAGGACGAUGGACAAGAGCUUUGGGAGGAAGAAAUACGUUAUUGACCCCAGGAAUGGAAUCCCAAAGGUAACUCCAGGAGAUAAUCCAUAUAUGUAUCCAGAACACAGUAAAGGCUUCCACAAAGCAGGAUCAACUCUCCCACCAGGGAAUUUUUCAAUCUUGCCUUUCUGGGUGAAGGAGAAGGCCAACGAGCUGAAGAAUGAGAUAAGAGAAGUUGAAGAGCUUGACAGUUGGCAGCCAGCGGUGCCCUUGCUACAGAGUUUGCUACCUGUUGGUGGGUCAAAGAACCUUCAAAAAGUAGCAUAA